CAAUUUUACGCCCUGCUGACCGGAAUUCCAGUAGCUAUAUUUAUCACAGCUGUGAAUGUCUUCAUUGGUGAGGCAGAGCUCGUUGAAACUCCUGAAGACUAUGAACCUGAGUACUGGGAGUAUUACAAGCACCCGAUCACCAGGUGGAUUACUCGAUACCUGUACGAUUCCCCAGUGAAGCAUUAUGAAAUCACUAUGGCUGCAGUGCAGAUUAAAAAGGAAAAGGCAGACAUGAGACUGGAAGAGAGGGAGGUCCGUCGAAACAUGAGAAAAUAUGGAGACGGCCCCUGGUUCCAGAUCCCAACCCUCGACAAGGAGCUCAUCGAACCAGGCCCCAUGCACGUACCUGACAGUUAAUAAAGUUGUCAUCAAUCUUACUGUUUGGACAUUUUUCCCUUCGUUCCUAAAUAAAGUAUCUAUGUACUGAUAUUUAGUAUCUAAGUGUCUUUACUAGAUUCAGAAAACAUAAAAGUGUGAUUAGUGUCAGUUCUGCAACAGUCUAAUUGAAUAAAGUUUUCCUCCUUUGAA